AACAACAUGAAGAAUCUUCUGUAACUAACUCAUUCGACAUUGUUGAUAGUGAUAUAACCAAACUAGUUAAAAAAUACCUUACAUUCGAAGAUAAUGGCCUAGAAGAAUUCAAUAAUAUAUACACAGCACAAACAGAAAGUAUUGAGCAUUACAAGAAUAAUGAAAAUAGUUCACCUAUAUUCAUUUCAGAAGAUAUUCCUGAUAGUGUUCGUUUUAAUAUAUGGGAUGAAGUAGAAUGCUAUUUUAAUGAAUAUAGAGCUAGAAAUAGAUUUGCUGUUACUAAAUACCAAAUAGAAUGA